UAUAAUCAACCCCAGAUAGCUUGAUCCAAUCGAUUUAGCAGGUGGGUAUUGUACUUCCUGCGCAGAGCGGAAGCUCUUUCCUUUUUGCUGAGCGUGUCUGCCAUGGCACCCAUAAAGAAGCAGCAGGUGUUCAGGAAACCAGGUGGGAAGAAGAAGAAGCAGAUCCUGAAGUUCACCCUGGACUGCACUCAUCCUGUGGAGGAUGGCAUUAUGGAUGCUGCCAACUUUGAGCAGUACCUGCAGGAGCGCAUUAAGGUGAACGGCAAAGCUGGAAACCUGGGUGGUGGCGUUGUGUCCAUUGAGAGGAGCAAGAGUAAAAUCGCUGUGAACUCAGAAGUGCCCUUCUCCAAGAGGUAUUUAAAGUAUCUGACCAAGAAGUAUCUGAAGAAGAACAACCUCAGGGACUGGCUGCGGGUUGUGGCCAACACCAAGGAGAGCUACGAGCUGCGCUACUUCCAGAUCAACCAGGAUGAGGAAGAGGAGGAUGAAGAUUAAACCUAGCAAUACUCUUAAUAAAAAUCACGAAACAAAAGAAAAAA